GACCCGGAAAUUUCCCCGGUGCGCCAUAAGGCAUGGCCCUCCAACUUUCCUCCUGUUCAUCUUGAGUAUGGUGGCUCCGAAGUCUUUCGCGACCAGAUUGAGAGGCUCAUCAAGGCACUUGCCGAAAAUGAGGUAGAGUUGAGCAUCCACCUGGAAGAGGGCCAGAUCCACGUGUAUCCCAUCCUCGACUUCCUAGCUCCUCAG